CACGAAAUAGGAUGACACUCGUGGUUUGAGCAAAGAUCUCGAUCUCGUGUGUGCAGCCUGCCAGUCGCGACAUGGCGGGUUUUCGAGACGAGGAUAAGGCUCUAUUUCCUAUCCAGAGUAUCUCCUCGAUCGUACGGAUCUUCCAAAAUCAGUUGGAAAACAGCUCGGAACCAGAUUUAGCUUUGCUCUCGAUUCUUGUCGGCGCAGUAGAGAAUUCCCUAACCUGCAAUCGGACAUUUGCGUCGCAAGAGACCACUGUUUAUGAUGAGCCGAAAUUGCCGGCCGUUGAGUUUCACAUUGCCGAAGCCCUUUAUACCAAGUUCCAUGCAGUGAUUAAGGGCGCGGUUGAUCUUACGGUUUACGACACGAAAUACGCGACCCGAGAGCUCGUCAAGAAAGUUUCCGACGUAAUAUGGAACUCUCUUACUAGAAGUUAUUACAAAGAUCGCGCGCAUUUACAAAGUCUCUAUAGCUACCUCACAGCGAAUAAAUUGGAUUGUUUUGGCGUGGCUUUUGCCGUGGUUGCCGGCUGUCAGGUACUGGGAUUUAAAGAUGUUCAUCUCGCUAUGUCAGAAGAUCAUGCCUGGGUAGUUUAUGGAGAAGAUGGAACCGAAACUGCAGAAGUUACUUGGCAUGGAAAGGGAAACGAGGAUAAACGUGGCCAACCUGUGGAACCAGGAGUGGCCUCCCGAUCAUGGUUAUAUGUCAAUGGACAAGCCGUUGUGUGCUCUAGAGCAAUGGAGGUUGCUACUAUCGUGUCUGCUAUAAAUCCUAGUUUAAGCGCAACUGCAGAUGCAGCCGAAGUGGCAUUGCUUCAACAAGAAUUGUUAUGGUUGUUGUACGAUUUGGGUCAUCUCGCUAAAUAUCCUAUGGCUCUUGGUAAUUUGGGAGAUCUCGAAGAAGCAGCGCCAACUCCAGGCAGACCACCUGCCAUUGAUCUCUUUCAGGAAGCUAUACGAUCGGCGAGGAAAUAUUAUGGAAAUGCUCAUGUGUAUCCGUAUACUUAUCAGGGCGGUUAUUUGUACAGACACGGAUUGCACGCCAACGCGUUGGCAUCAUGGGCUGACGCGGCAGACGUUUUAAGAAAGUAUGAUUAUUCGAGAGACGACGGAGAGAUAUAUAAAGAAUUGUUGGAAAUAGCGAACGAGCUUAUACCUCAUACGGUACGAGCUGACGAACGUUUGUUGCGACAGCCGCGUUGUUUCGCUUAUUUGUUGAGGUUUUACGACGGUAUCUGUCAGUGGGAGGAAGGAGCGAAUACACCUGUUUUACACAUUGGAUGGGCACGACCGUUGGUAAACACUAUUUCAAAGUUCGAUGCCAGUAUUCGCGCUCAGGUAAUUAUCGAUUGUUACGACGUGGAGGCGAAACAGGAGGAGGAGAAAUCGCAGAAGAGGGAAACGAGUCCGGAAGAAACGUUGAAUAAUAAUAACAACAAUUAUUGUAAGACUAAAGAGAGGGGCAACGCGGCGCGCGAUCUGAUCAAAAGCUUAGAAUCUAAAGUACCGUCUAAUCCAGCACCGAUGCAUCCUAGUAUUCAAGCAUUGACAGCAGCAUGUAGCGAAAAGAUACUUAACAGAGAUUACCUACUGCAAGGUGGCGGAGAACCAUUUGUUGCACCGUCAGACGACGCUUUGCCUCCUGCACCCUCCACUUCUCAGGAGAACCUUGAUCCCGAGGUAGAGACCGACUCGGAGCAUGAGAGACCAAGGAUAACGUUGUACAGUCAGAAGAUGAAGGGUCUGAAGGACCUGCUACUGGCUGAAAAAUUAAAUACGCAUGCAAUUUCGUUGCAGCUAACCGCACAGAGUCAGGUACAAAUCGGUAAAAAGUCGCGUGGUACCGACGAAGUUGGAGUUAGUCAGCGUCCAAAAAGGACACGUCGCGAAUAGUAUAAGAUUUUUGACCGGCGUUUCGGUAUCGUAAAGUACUGAGGUAAGAGUAUAUAGUGCCACAGGAUUCGUUUUGGUCGGUAACGGUCCUUGGCGAGCGAGUGCGUGGAACGUACAAAAGUGUAUUCCAUGUGUUAUUGGAAUCUCAAUUUUCGCUCACGGUUUCUUUCUGUUCGAGUGAAUUUAU